CUUGUGACAGUGGUUGUGUACAGGUUUGCAGUGAGUGUUCUAUUGCAUUUUGUAGCACUUUGAUAAAUCUGGUUUGCACUCAUGGCCAAGCCCUACAAUGACCUUUAAGCAGAAGAACAAGACCGAUCUCUAAAGAUGACGUCUGGAGACCGCCCAUAUCUCAGAAGUGCUAUUGGCAAAUCACUGUAUGAGAAAAUCAAGAGUGACGAACAGUUGAAACUGAUGGAUAAGUCCCAGUGGUACGCAGUGGACCUGAGCCAGGUGGACCCGAGCCACGCCGAGCUCUUCCUGCCGCUCGGCGUCGACGACGAGACGGAGGCGUUCCUGGAGCGGUGUCACGAGAAGUCCGACUGGAUCUUCAGCCAGCUCUGGCACAGCGUCGUCAAGGCCGUGCUCACCGUCUUCAUGACGCACACCUCCGUCAACGGGCUGCUGCGGCGCGGCUCCAUGUUCGUGUUCUCGCGGCGCCAGUUCGUGCGCCUGCUGGGCGUGACGGGCCGGUGGCGCGCCGACCGGCUGCUGGACCUCGGCUCCGGAGACGGGAGCGUGACGCAGAUCAUGGCCGAACACUGCGACCGCGUCAGCGUCACCGAGAUCUCCUCCAUCAUGCGCAGCAUCCUGCACGGCAAGGGAUUCGCGGUGCUGGACGUGGACACGUGGCACGAGUCGCCGGUGCGGUACGACUUGAUCACGUGCCUGAACGUGCUGGACCGGUGUGACCGGCCGCUGACGCUGCUGCAGCAGAUGAGGGCGGCGCUGAAGCCCGGAGGUCUGCUGGUGGUGGCGCUGGUGCUGCCGCUGGCGCCCUACGUGGAACAAGGCGUUAACGCCAACCACAAGCCGGUGGAGACGAUGGACCCAGGUGGCAGCACUUUCGCCCGCCAGGUGUCCGGCGUCAUCAACAACGUCUUCACCCCGGCCGGCCUGCGGGUGGAACGAUGGUCGCGACUGCCGUACCUCUGCGAGGGAGAUCUGGAGCAGGCCUUCUACUGGCUCAGUGAUGCCGUGUUCGUGCUGCGACCGGAGUCAGAGGUCACGGAAACGCGGCCGGAGGUCACGGAGCCGCGGCCGGAGGUCACGGAGCCGCGGCCGGAGGUCAAGGAGCCGCGGCCGGAGGUCACGGAGCCGCGGCCGGAGGUCACGGAGCCGCGGCCGGAGGUCAAGGAGCCGCGGCCGGAGGUCACGGAGCCGCGGCCGGAGGUCACGGUCGGCUCCUGUCCAGCGGGACUGGACGUCCCCGGACUGGCGGGUCCCAGGCGUCAUCCGGGAGAUGCCAGCCUCUGGGGUCAGUAGGCCAGGAGUGCCGUGGAAGGGACGAUCUCGCGCCAGAAGUGGCCUGCGGCGAAGUGGCCUGCGCACUUCGCGGUAUUUGUACAUGACGGGGUCCUGACUGGAGCCAUACCACAAAUAGCAAUAAUGGGGCGUGUCGAAGUGCGUCAGUCGAGAAGGCUGCUCACACCAGACUGGUAUCUGCUUGCUGUGUGACCCUUCAUUCUACGUCCAGUGUGACACUUUUGAAGAAUCCAAACAUGAGAGAACAUCCAUGUCCUCGCCGCUUUCAUCCCAACUGCGCACGGUAUAACGCGUAUGUUGUGUCUGAUUGACUUCUGCGUGAAACAACAGGCUGGAAAUAGCGUAAAGGGAUGCUGUAGGAGACAUCAGGCUGGAAAUAGUGUAAAGGGAUGCUGUAGGAGACAUCAGGCUGGAAAUAAAGCAAAGGGAUGCUUUAGGGGACAUCAGGCUAGAAAUAAAGGGAUGCUUUAGGAUAUAUCAGGCUGGAAAUAAUGCAAAGGGACGCUUUAGGAGACAUCAGGCUGGAGACAAAGGGAUGCUUUAGGAGACAUCGAAGGGGGUUUAGGCGGCAUCACGGAUGUGAAAAUUGUUGGGAAUAUCGUCCUCGCCUGGUGCGUUAGUAUGAUACAAGGUGUACACACUCGCACACCACACGAGGGUGGUGGAUGUAGCAGUUAUUCCACCCGUGAAAUCGCUAAGCACUUAGCCGUCGUUGGCUGAGGGGUGGAUGCCGCCCCAGGGGCAGUUUUCAGACCACGAGAACGAUCAGCGGUAGCGGCGUGAAAUCUGCACAGCUGGUUGUACGUUCAUUCCGUAUGUGUUGAAAAACACGAUACCACUUUAUGUCACAUUGCCGAACUAUGACGUUGCUAACGGCCGGGAGGUCGAUUUUUACGAUGAAUUGUGCUUUUUGCCGUCCAUGAACAGAAAAUGAGAGCUCUGGUCAUGAAAUCGUCACAUGGGGAUAGUUUAGGUCACACCGGUCCUUUAUAGAAGUUAUUUACGUUUUCUAGGUUCAUCACGGUCAAAGAUCUAUGAUCACAUCAUUUGAUGUUAAAUCGAUGUGACGUCAUGUUGCACUGAAUCGGAUCGAGAACGCAGUCUUAUGCCGAUGUAGGUAUGAAAAUGCGGUUCUAGAGCCCAUAAAGCUGCAUGAUGAUGGUGAUGUUGAUUUUGAGUUUUAGGGUACAUCAACGGCAAAUGGUCAUGUCGCGCCCAUCCCAGAAAGCUGAAAUGUUCCAUUUUGUGUGCUGAAAUACCCCUUUUGUGUUCUGAAGCAUGACUAAGACAUGGGUCGGACCUGACCUGAAGGGUCACCGGUCGACAUCAAGCUGCCACUCCGGACUUUGUCGGAUCUCUUGAACACCACGCAGAGGUGUCUGUUAUGCGGCUCUGGCUCCACUUGAGGCUA